AUGGAUCAACUAUACUUUGACGGAAUGGCAAUAUGCAGCUAUGUCGGAUUUCCAGAUCUUUUCAUUACAUUCACAUGUAACCCCAACUGGCCUGAAAUUCAGCGUUUGCUUGGUUCUGUUCAUCUAAAAGCAUCAGAUCGUCCUGACAUCAUUUCAAGAGUCUUUAAAAUGAAAUUUGAUGAGCUUUUGUCUGAUCUCACAAAGAAAAGUCUAUUGGGGAAAGUUCUUGCAUAUAUGUAUACAAUUGAGUUUCAAAAGAGAGGAUUACCACAUGCUCACAUCUUAAUUUUCCUCCAUCCAUCUAACAAAUAUCCAACUCCAAGUGAUAUUGAUCGCAUUAUUUCAGCUGAAAUACCUGACCAAGAUACCAAUGAAGAGUUGUAUAAUUUGGUUAAAACUCACAUGAUUCAUGGCCCGUGUGGAUUUGCAAAUCGAUCUUCACCGUGCAUGAAAGAUGGAAAAUGUUCUAAAUAUUUUCCAAAACAGUUUCAGCCCGAAACAAUUGUUGAUCAAGAUGGGUUUCCGGUAUAUAGAAGAAGGGACAAUGGACAUACAGUUCUUAAGAAUGGAAUUCAAGUCGAUAACCGGAAUGUUGUUCCAUACAAUGCAAAGUUUUUGACAAAGUACCAAGCUCACAUAAACAUGGAAUGGUGCAAUCAAAGUACAUCGAUUAAGUACUUAUUCAAGUACAUCAACAAAGGUUACGACAGAAUCACCGCUGCCAUUGUACCGAAUGAUGAUGGAACUUCCAACCAGCCGCAGAAUAUUGAUGAGAUCAAACAGUAUAUUGAUUGUAGGUAUGUUUCUCCGAGUGAAGCAUCUUGGAGGAUAUUCUCCUUUCCAAUCCAUGGUAGAAAACCAACUGUUGAGAGACUGUACUUUCAUUGUGAAGGUCAAAAUUCGGUAUAUUACACUGAUUUUGAUUGUAUCAAUAAAAUUCUGGAAAAACCAAGUGUAACUGAAUCAAUGUUUACAUCAUGGUUCGAAGCAAAUUGCAAGUAUCCUGAAGCACCAAAUUUAACUUACAGCAAAUUUGUUUCAAAAUUUGUUUAUGUUAAGAAAAAAAGAGAAUGGAAACCCCGUCAAAAAGGUUACACAAUUGGUAGGCUUAUAUGGGUUCCUCCAAUAACUGGCGAAUUGUACUAUCUUAGAUUGAUGCUCACACAUGUCAAAGGCCCCCGCAGUUAUAAUGAUAUAAAAACAGUGAAUAACGUAAAAUAUGAUACUUUCCGGGAUGCCUGUUUUGCUAUGGGUUUUAUCGGCGAUGAUAGAGAAUUCAUUACAGCUAUUAAAGAGGCAAAUCAUUGGGGUUCAGGCAACAUUAACAGGCCAAGACAUGUAUGGAGUAAAACAUGUCAUCUCUUAGCUGAUGGAAUACUAUAUGCUCAACAGCGAAUUGCAAACAAUAGAGGUUUGAGGUUGUCGGAUGAAGAGAUAAUGAAUUUAACAUUAAUUGAGAUUGAACGAAAUCUUCAAAGGAAGAGCCGAAGUCUAAAGGAAUUUGCUGGAAUGCCUUAUCCAAGUGGAUAUGUGGUUGAGCAGUUGGGAAAUAAGCUCAUAUACGAAGAGCGGAGUUACAAUCCAGCCGAACAAUUGCAAGAAUACAAUAAUUUGUUCUUAAAUCUUACAGAUGAGCAAAGAGGUGUAUUCAAGCGAAUAAUGGAAGCAGUAAACAAUCAACAAGGAGGCGUAUUUUUUUUGUAUGGAUACGGUGGCACAAGGAAAACCUACAUGUGGAGAACUCUAGCUUCCUACAUAAGAUCAAAGAAACAAAUUUGUUUAACUGUUGCUUCAUCGGGCAUAGCUUCACUACUACUUCUAGGAGGUCGAACGGCUCAUUCAAUGUUCAAGAUUCCAAUACCUACAAUGGAGUCUUCUAUAUGUAAUAUCGACAAAGGUAGUGGUCGUGCAGAGCUACUAAAAAUGGCAAAGUUGAUAAUUUGGGAUGAAGCUCCAAUGGCACACAGAUUUUGUUUUGAAGCGUUUGAUAAAACCCUUAAAGACAUAAUGGGGCGUUCUAAUUGUUCUGACAAAUUAUUCGGAGGGAAAGUAAUUGUAUUUGGUGGAGAUUUUCGGCAAAUAUUACCAUUUGUACCAAGGGGCAGCCGUUCAGAUAUAAUACAUUCUACAAUAAAUUCAUCAUACAUCUGGGAUCAUUGUGUUGUGCUGAAGCUUACAAAGAACAUGCGACUCCAACAAGCCGACAAUACUUCAAGUACAUCUGAAUUAGAAUUGUUUUCUAAUUGGAUAUUAAAAGUUGGCGAUGGGAAAUUGGAAGAACCUAACGAUGGUUACACGGAUAUUCCUAUCCCAAAUGAUUUCUUAAUUUCUAACUAUGAUGAUCCACUAGAAGCCAUUGUUAGUGAAACAUAUCUGAAUUUUCUUAACAAUUACAAGAAUCCAGAAUUUUUGCAAUCAAGAGCUAUAUUGGCAGGAACAAUUGGAACGGUUGACAUCAUAAAUCAAUACGUUUUGGGAUUCAUACCAGGUGAAGAAAAGGAAUAUUUAAGUUCAGAUUCUGUAGACACUUUUGACGGUGAAGGAAAUGAAGCUUUUGAUGUUUUGACCCCGGAAUUUUUGAAUACACUUACAACUUCCGGUCUACCUAACCACAAGAUUAAAUUGAAGAUUGGGACCCCUAUUAUGUUGCUUCAAAACAUUGAUCAACCUGAAGGUCUCUGCAAUGGAACAAGGCUUAUAGUUACAAGAUUGGCAAACCACGUUAUCGAGGCAAAGAUUAUAUCUGGAAAGAAUAUUGGAGGGGUUAUCUAUAUUCCAAGAAUGGAUAUGACUCCAACACAAUCUCCGUGGCCAUUCAAAAUAACUAGAAGGCAAUUUCCCAUAACUAUAUGUUAUGCUAUGACAAUUAACAAAUCUCAAGGUCAGUCGUUGGAUUAUGUUGGAUUGUAUUUGCCUAGAAGUGUAUUUAGUCAUGGUCAACUAUAUGUUGCAAUAUCAAGGGUUGUUGCCUUUGAAUUUACAGAAUAUGCCUUGGGGUGGUGGGAUCAAACUGUCAAAGAAAGGAGAAGAUAUGAAGAACAAGCUAUCAACACUUGGGAGGAGAUGAAAAUAUUUAUGAGAAGAAGAUUUGUUCCUUCCUAUUACCAUAUGGACUUGAAUAAUAAAUUACAGCGACUAACUCAAUAUUCUAAAAGUGUUGAUGAAUAUUACAAAGAGAUGGAGGUUGAAAAGAAAAGAGCCAAUAUGGAGGAAGACAAUAAAGAAACAAUGGCUAAAUUUCUUCAUGGCCUAAAUAGUGACAUAAGUGACAUAGUGGAGUUGUAUCACUAUUUGAAAGUAGAUGAUUUGGUGCAUCAAGCUAUCGAGGUAGAAUAA